GCAGUCUCACCUCCCCUCCUCUUCCUAUCUUCCCUGUCUUCGCCUCUUCCUCGCCCCAGAUCAGACCAGACCAGCGAGAUGUCUGAGCGGAGGAGUUCUCUGGAGGAUGACUGCUCCUCUCUGCUGUCCCGUCUGGGCUCUGACUCCCCCCGUCCCAGGAUGAAGUACGGCGGGAUGUUCUGCAGCGUCGAGGGAGCGUUCGAGAACAAAACUCUCAACUUUGAGUCCUUCAGUCCGCAGACGCAGCGCCGGCGCGCCGCUGGGAACCGAACCGACGGCCGCAGCGCGGGACAGGCGGCGGCGUUUCCCUCAGGACACGCCCGGGAAAUCUACGGCAAGAGACAGGGCGACCGUCUGAUCAUCAAAGGAGGAAAGAUCGUCAAUGACGACCAGUCAUUCUACGCUGACAUCUACGUGGAGGACGGCACCAUCAAACAGGUGGGGGAGAACCUGAUGGUGCCGGCCGGCGUGCGGACGCUGGAUGCGUACGGUCAGCUGGUGAUCCCUGGAGGGGUGGACGCCAACACCAACCUGCUGGCUCCACAGAGAGGCCUGACCCCCCCUGGGGGGUUCUUCAUGGGGAGCAGGGCGGCCCUGGGCGGGGGCACCACCACCAUCAUGGAGCACGUGCUGGUGGAGCCAGGGACGAGUCUCCUGGCGUCGUUGGAUCAGUGGAAGGAGACGGCGGAGCAGACGGCGUGCUGCGACUUCUCGUUCCACCUGGACAUCACUCGCUGGCACGAAGGACUCAACGAGGAGCUGGAGACACUCGUCAGAGAUCACGGUGUGAACUCGUUCCUGUUCUUCAUGUCCUACAAAGACAAAUACCAGAGCUCCGACUCGCAGCUCUACGAGGCGUUCGGGGUCCUCCGGGAUCUCGGAGCGAUCGCUCAGGUUCACGCUGAGAACGGUGACAUUAUUGAUGAGGAACAGAAGAAGCUUCUCUCUCUCGGCAUCACCGGACCUGAAGGACACGUUUUAUCUCACCCUGAGGAGGUGGAGACGGAGGCGGUGUAUCGGGCCAUCACCAUCGCCAAACAGGCCAACUGUCCGCUGUACGUUACCAAGGUGAUGAGCAAAUCUGCUGCUGAUGUCAUCGCCAAAGCAAGGAAGAAAGGUAUGGUGGUGUACGGGGAGCCAAUCACUGCAGGCCUGGCCACUGAUGGCUCUCACUAUUGGUCCAAAGACUGGGCCACAGCGGCUGCCUUUGUCAUGAGCCCGCCCCUGAACCCGGAUCCUUCAACUCCACAGUACCUGACCUCUCUGUUAGCAUGUGGAGACCUCCAGGUGACGUCCAGCGCUCAUGCAAGCUUCUCCACAGCUCAGAAAGCUGUCGGUAAAGACGACUUCACUCUGAUUCCAGAGGGAACCAACGGGAUCGAGGAGAGGAUGUCUGUGGUGUGGGACAGAGCUGUGUGUACGGGGAAGAUGGACGAGAAUGAGUUUGUUGCCGUAACGAGCACCAACGCUGCCAAACUCUUCAACAUUUACCCACGCAAAGGAAGGAUCGCUGUCGGAUCGGACGCUGAUAUCGUCAUCUGGAAUCCGAAGGAGACACAAACUGUUUCUGCAAAGACUCACAACCUGUCUGUGGAGGUGAACAUCCUGGAAGGUUUGGAGUUACGAGGCGUGGCGUCUGUGGUGAUCAGCGGCGGUCGAGUCGUUCUGGAGGACGGAAAACUCACCGUGAACGAAGGUUCAGGACGCUUCAUCCCUAGGAAGGCUUUCCCAGACGCCGUCUACAAGAGGAUCAGAGCUCGCAGCAAGAUGGCUGAGGCUCGCGGCGUCCCCCGAGGAAGCUACGAUGGUCCGGUCCAUGAUGUCAUCAGUAUGACUAAAUCAGUCCCGCCCACUCCGACCACCAGGGGGCCGCCCUGUCCAAAAACCCAGAUGAACCUCCGAAACCUCCACCAAUCAGGAUUCACCCUGGCAGGAACUCAGAUUGACGACCACAUCCCUCGCCGCUCUGCUCAGAGGAUCGUGGCUCCGCCUGGUGGCCGAUCCAACAUCACAUCCUUAUCUUAAAACUACAACAAUCACACUUUGAGUUUACUUUGAGUUUGUCCAACAAAAUACUAGGGCUGGGUAUCGCCAAAUGAUUUUCUGAUUCAAUUCGAUUACCUUUCUGAUUGGAUAUCAAUAAGGUUAUUGAUAACCAGUUUAUCUUGGAUAUAAAAGAGAUUCUCAGAGAACUAAUGCUGUAAAUUGUACAAGCCAGAAGCAAGCUUUAGAUAUUUUUUAUAAUGCACCAGGUUAAUGUUUACAUUAAGAAAUUACCCCACACAGUGAGUUUAAAGGACUUUUUAUUGACCAGGACUAACAGGACAGUCAUUGAGAAGGCAGACAUUUAGGGCCCUUUCACAGUGACCUCCUUUGGGCCGGACUUUCAGACUUUUCUGUUUGAUCCAGACUAAGGGCGUUUUCACACAUGAAAGUCCGAACCAAGGUCCGGACCAAGGUUCAUGUUUUUGUUACAUUGUAUAC